CCGAGUGCAGUACAGUUUCAAAGAUGGCAGCUCCCAUCAGUGUGAAAAAUUCUUCUCCAGUCACCAUGUAUAUUUUGCAAAUUUGUCUUGUAAUUGCGGCCUUUAUUUCACUAAGCUACGGAAAUCGUAAAGUUCUUGACACCAGGCUACCCAUCCACCAUGACCCAGAAGCCUUCACUACCUACGUACUUGUGGUUGAACAUUCUUUUGAUCAAGGAAUGACGCCUAAAUUCAGUAGCAGAGGAACCCUAAGCUUCCGAUCUAAUAAGGAUGGUCAGGGGAUGUUUGUACAGACAGCUGCAUUGACUGCAGGAGAGAAAAGGAAACUAAAGGAUUUAGCCAAACAUGAUGGCAUAUAUAGGAUACGUGUGCCUACCAGUCUGGAAGCCAGUCCUGAUGAUAGCUCACUCCAGUUUGUUUCUACUUUUACUAGAGCGUGUGCACUUUUAGAGUCCCGUCUCACGGACAACAUCACGGUUAGCGUCGACCAAUCAGGAAACGUUCUGGGCGUGUCUCUAGUCCCGAUGGACGGGUCAUGUGACCGCGACCCCACCAUCGAAUCGUCAUCGUUACUAGAUUACUUCAACACGAGUGUUGCACUUCAGGUUACUACAGCGGGACCAACACCUGAUACACAGGCAUUUGUGAGGAAAAUGGAAGACGAACGAGAGAUGAAGGAGAAAGGAAAAGGACCAGAUAACAGAUCUUUCUUAGCAAAAUAUUGGAUGUACAUCGUUCCUGUGGUUCUGUUUGUCUUGGUAUCGAGCGGAGGUGACCAAGCCAGAAGCUGAGGCAAGAGUAGUCUAAGACUUAACCCCCUGACUGCCAAGCCACAUAGUCUCAUACACUCUCUGUAGAACUCACUUUCAGGGAUAUUGUGGCUGGCAUUCAACGAGUUAAUAUCAGGGACCCGUUUCACAAAGCCUUUUUCAAUGACAAAUGACAAUCAGUGACAAAUCUGCUGAUAACCAAUCAGAAGCGAGGAUUUCAGUAGCUUAUAACAAAAACUGUAAUUUGUCACUGAUGACAAGUUUUGUGCAACGCCCCCCAAUGUGCAACUACUAGUUUAACUAAAUAACUGGGUGAUGUCAGUGAUCUCUGAAAGAAUAUGUGACAUAAAUGUGCAGACCACAAUUAAACAGUAACAAAAAUGCACAAAUGUUAUCUAGAUUGAAGGGGGAGGGGGAGGAGAGAAAUAAAGAUGACAAUAUUGAUGACGAUAAUGAUAAUAAUGGUAAUAAUAAUAAUAGU